AUGCUCUUCAGAGAAUACAAACCCAAAGAUGGCUCUCGAACCGCUGUGUUGGCUUCGAUCACUGUACGAGUUGGUGUCAAACCCGACCCCUCGACAUGGUCUUCACCCCAUUCCCGGCACCAAGCGCUCAGCUUUACAAGUGCCAUCCUGCCACCUCUUCUCUACUACUUGGCGCUUCUCCUUCUCGCGCCUCCACCGCCGCCCGCAGUCGAUCGCCUGGCCGUGAAGAUUUUCCGAAACUGUCUCGCACUGGUCGCCGGGGUGUUGUUCUAUCGCUUGCCUCUGGCAUACCAUGUCCCGCAGAGCAUUGGGUUGACCUAUCAGUUGGGCCUCGUGGGGCUGUACGGGGGAUGCCGGGUCCUGGAUGCGUUCUUCAUAAGUCCCUACUUAUUUGGACACAUUCCACGGCGGGUCAAGUAUCAUCACAACCGUCGAGUGGACUCUGUCGGACCAGUGUCGGGAGUCGAAGACAAGGAAUGGACAAACGGCGGUGUUGUUGACCCUUUCCACCACACCGGUGCUAUUCAGGAGGAUACCUCUAAAGUAACAAGUAACGGCGACGUAGCAGGACUCAAUAAGCAAAGCUCAACACUUGCUACGCCUGCUAUUUCUGCCGUGCGCUCUGCUCUCCGCAAAUCCAUCUCAGGCCCGGACCCGGUACCAGUCUUAGAGACCGCGACGACCGAAAUCGGAUGGCCAACCACUCUUUUGGAUCGUGCGGCCUGGGCUCUCGAGCUCGAACUUUCCAUGCGUGGCAUUGGCUUCACAUGGACCACUGCGGAUGUCCGACACACUCGCAAAACCUGGCUUCCCACCGUCCAGAACCGCGUUCACAGCAUAUUUGUCCAUGUCACGCCUGUUCUCCUCGUCAGCUGGUGUGUUAUCCGAACUGUCUACGUCCGCUACCUCAUGCCAACACAGGACGUGCCCUGGGACAUGUAUUCGGCGUAUGACCUGUUCGACCGCCGCGUACCUCUGGUCUUUCAACUGCUAUUGACCGCCGCCCUCGGCGCAUUCCUCAUGGCGGCGUUCUCUUUCGGGCAUUCGCUCUUCGCGAUCAUGCUCAACCCGUUGGCGCCAAAUCCACUCGCCUUUUUCCCUCCAUUAUACACGACACGGCCAUGGCAAAUUACAAGUGUGCGAACGUUCUGGAGUUUCGGCUGGCACAGACUCUUUGCGAGGCUGUUCCUGGUCUACGGCAUAUGGCCAGGGGAGUGGUUGGAACGUAAACUCCUAGGCAAAGGCCCGGAUCAACCAGCUGACGUGGGCAAGGUCAUCGGCGCUUUCUUGAGUUCUGCAUUUGUCCACGCCUUCUCUGUCCGCGGCGUCCUAGCUGGCGACUGGAGAAUGGCAACGGGGGAAGCCAAGUUCUUCGCCUUGAACGGUGUCGCAGUCGUGCUGGAGGGCAUGGUUAUCAGGAUUGUGCGUAGAGCUCGGAAGAGGGAAGGUCGGCCAAGUCAAGUGUGGUAUGACCCCAUCGUGGGAAGGAUCUGGUGGAUUGUCGUGCUCUUGUGGACAGGGAGGAAUUUUGCAAGAGGUUGGGUCAAGUCAGGCCUAGUGCGCGAGAUGGCUUUCUUGUGA